CGGUUAAGACGAAAAGAUAUGAUUCCAGGGGACCCACUUGUAUAAAAGAUAAGUCUCUCAGGUCCUGUCUCAACCUUUCGUCUCUCCUCCCCCGUACCUUCUAACUUCUCCGACGAUCACAGACAGCCGGCGGAAAAAGGAGAAGCGACUGAGAUUCACGCAAUGGCAUCAGUUCACUCUACCCUCACAUACUGGCUCGUGAACCACCCCAACAUCGUCAAUUUCACGUGGACCGAAGGUGAAACUCUUGGCUCCACCGUCCUCUUCGUGUCCGUUGUAGUCUCAGUCUACCUCUCCGCCACGUUACUCCUCCGAUCCUCCAUCGAUUCACUCCCUUCUCUCGGUCCCACAAUUCUCAAACCACUCACAGCCCUCCACAGCCUCAUCCUCUGCCUUCUCUCUUUGAUCAUGGCCAUUGGUUGCACUCUCUCCAUCACCACAGAUCCGACAGCAAGUUUGUUCAACGCGAUCUGUUUCCCAUUGGACGUGAAACCUAGCGGACCGCUUUUCUUCUGGGCUCAAGUCUUCUAUCUCUCGAAGAUACUCGAGUUCGGAGACACAAUCCUCAUCAUACUCGGCAAAUCAAUCCAACGGCUGUCCUUCCUCCACGUGUACCACCACGCGACGGUUGUGGUCAUGUGCUUCCUCUGGCUGAGGACCCGCCAGUCGAUGUUUCCCAUUGCGCUCGUGACUAAUUCGACGGUUCAUGUAAUCAUGUACGGCUAUUACUUUCUUUGCGCUGUUGGGUCGAGGCCGAGGUGGAAGAGGUUAGUGACGGAUUGUCAGAUUGUGCAGUUUGUUUUCAGCUUCGGGUUGUCCGGUUGGAUGCUCCGAGAGCAUUUGUUCGGGUCGGGUUGCUCUGGGAUUUGGGGGUGGUGUUUCAACGCUGCGUUUAAUGCUUCUCUUUUGGCUUUAUUCUUUAACUUCCAUUCCAAGAACUAUGCUAAAAAGACUAGCAGACAGGGAGACUGCAAAAGCGAUUAAGUUUAGUUGUGUCUUGUCUUGUCUUACAUUGUUUGAAAUUGUUUUAUGAAUAAGCUGUCACAGAUCAUAAAAUGGAUUCGUUGUCUGAUUCA